CUCUCAUGGAUGCCACCAAGAGGAAAGAAGGGCUCUCUUAGACAUCAAAUCUUCUUUAGAAGACCCUUCAAAUCGCUUGUUUUCAUGGCAAGAAGGCAGCAAGUAUCAAAACUGUUGUGAUUGGCAUGGAAUUCAGUGUUCCAGUGACUCUUCCCAUGUCAUCUCCAUCGACCUACGGAACACAGGUUUUUCCUAUUCAGAAGUUCAACAAUCUUUCCCGUCUAUCCUCUCUCAAUAUGAGUUAUCAUCGUGAGCUCAAUUCCCCAUUCCCAAUACACCUGGCUAAUUUAACAUCACUUUCUAGUCUUUCCUUAAUAUCUUGUCAUCUACAUGGUUCAGUUCCAUAUAUGCCUCAACUUAAAGAGCUCAAUCUGCAUUCGAAUCCUGAUCUUCAUGUCAAUCUUACAAGAAUUUUCAAUCGUCGAUGGCCGACUUUGCAGUUUCUUAGGAUAUCGUCAACUAAAGUUACCGGAUCAUUUCUAAAUUUAAUUUCAAAUGUGCCACUAUUAGAGACUCUUUAUGCCUCUAACAGUUCCAUUCAAGGACCCAUCCCAAAAUCAAUUUGCCAGAUUUCUUUUCUUCGGGAUCUUUAUUUGGAUGGUAAUAAUUUUACGGGAACUAUACCAAGCUGUAUUACCAUGCUUAGAUACCUGGAUCGGUUAGAUAUCCGUAACAACUCUAUCGAGGGAAAUGUAUCACUGCCCUUUUUGAUCAACAAAUUAAACCUAACCAUCCUAGACAUAAGCUCAAAUAAGCUAACAGUAGCUGCAGAUCAACACCUACAUAUAUACCCUUUUCUUAAAAUUAGGAGAUUAAUGUUAGUCUCAUGCAAUCUGACAGGAAUGUUACCUACUUACAUUUGUAAUUUAUCUCAUUUAGAGAUUUUGGAUUUAUCUCGAAACACCCUAACGGGAACUAUCCAUUCUUGCAUCCACAAACUCAAAAAUCUUCGCUCCUUAGAUUUCUCGCACAAUAAUCUUCACGGUCUUCUGCCUCUUCCAGGUCAAAACACCAAGUUUUACAAUUUAGCACAUAUUCCCUCCGUACCUAUUAUAUAG